AUGGUUGGCAAGAAGAAGCGCAAUCAUCCCGAUAUUGAGGAGUUGCUUGCCCGGCCUUGGUGUUAUUACUGUGAGCGCGAUUUUGAUGACUUGAAAAUCCUUAUUUCCCAUCAGAAAGCUAAGCACUUCAAAUGCGAAAGAUGCGGUCGCAGACUCAAUACUGCCGGCGGACUGUCGGUUCACAUGAAUCAAGUCCACAAAGAGACAUUGACAAGCGUCGAUAACUCUUUGCCGAAUCGGCAGGGACUGGAGGUUGAAAUAUUUGGUAUGGAAGGCAUUCCAGAAGAUGUUGCUCAAGCACAUAAUCAGCGCAUCAUCGCAGGUUACUACCAGGCCGAAGCUGAACGUCGCGCUGCCACUGGAAACCCUGGCCCAGGCUCAAACCAAGGCGGACAAUCUAAGAAACCAAAAUUUGAAUCACCUGCGGAGUUGAAGAAGCGGUUGGCAGAACAUAAGGCCAGGAAGGCCGAGCAAGCUGCAAAUAGUAGUGGUGGCAACACACCAAUGGAUGGUAUGGGUCAAAGUCCGAUGGGACAGAGUCCUGUCGCAUACGAUGCUUCUGCUUAUCCUCCUCCACAAGCCACGUACGGUAGUUCACAAGGUGCGGGUUAUGGGUCAUUUCCACAGGAACAUACACAACCUGCCGCAGCUUACCAACAGCCGCCCUACAAUCCUCCAUACUCUGGCCCUCCCGGCCCUCAGUACCAACAACCUCAAUAUUCUCCGCCACAACAAUACCCAGCACAGCCAUCCUUCCCCCCCUCAGGCUAUCAACCUCCACAGAAUUAUGGUCCGCCGGCGCCUUAUAGCGCUGGCUCCCCUCCGGGUUCCUUUGGCGGUGUCCCAUCUUCUCAUACACCGCCCGCAUAUGGUGGCCUUCCUAACCGGCCGCCGAGUCUCCCCCCUGCACCUGGUCUGCCUCAACGGCCGUCGUUCGGCGCACCUCCCGUGCCUCCACACCAAAUGCAACAAAUGCAUCAAGGCUCACCAGCAUCCUACGGCUCACCAGGGGGUUGGGGUGGCAAUGGAUGGAAUGGUCAAACUCAGAACUCAGCUAUGUCAUCAGUUCCUCCUUCUCAAGGUUACGGUGGUGGUUAUUCGACUAACGCUGCGGUUAAUGAUCUGGUUUCAGGAGCUGCAAGAGAGGCUGAUGACAUUGACAAGAUUAUCAGAAUGGCUGAGGCGGGUAUCAAACCUCCAAAGAAGAGCGAAGCCCUACAGUCGCCUCCUGCUGCGACGACGCCUUCAGCCCCAGCUCAAUCUACCGGAGCAACCCCUACACCUGCCCCAGAAGCCAUCGACAAGACCGAAGCCACCGAAAAGAAGUCGAAGAAGGAUAAGCCGAUGAAGAUGGUCUAUUCUGACAAUGAGGUUAGUCCGGAAGAGAAGAUGGCCCUUAUGCCAAGGUACGCAUUCGUCCCAGAUGGAAAGCCUGAAACAGCUCUUGUCGAUGCCAAUACACAACCUGGUGUUGCUGGUACAGUCGAUGCAUAG